CUGAGCGAACGGGCUUGCUGGAGCUCACCGACACCCUGUCAACGCCAAGCCACUAAACUGUACGGAUAGUAAUUGUUCCCAACCGCGUCUGUCAACUUAUUUGCUUAUUUUGUUCUUGUCCAUUUUCAAUUGACAGAACAUUGACAGAAAGACAAGUGCCUGCAGUAUUGCGAAACAAGUCACGUCUUUUCCCCCUUCUCUGAUAUAUUUGUUUUUUAUCUUCUGUGAAUGACAUGGAACGGACGUCCGGAUGAGAUACAAUCUCUUACAUUGAUGAACCAACUAAUGGAUGUCGCAUCUCUCUGCGAGUCUCUCUUCUCUGUGUUCUGGACACAGAUCAGAGUGCAUCCAUGACCCUCUUCGCAACAUGAACUCAAGCUGGGAGAUACGUAGAACAAAAGCGUAACCAUCCAGCUGUCCGUCAGCUGGUCGACCCCUGACUUUUGGAGGGGAAGCAAAAACAAAGCAAAGACAAAAAAUUACAAAGAUGCUAAAACGUGGAGAGGAGAUGCAGCGAGAUCUAUGGACUUCUCUCCUGCUAGUAUGGAUUACUUGUGUGCCGUACUCUUCCAUGGCUCCGUUAAACAAUCAGUCACAAAGUUUACAAACGGCAUCAGCCAUGAUCCCGCGAAACCGGCCAAGCGAAGGACAAAGAAUCCUCAGUCGUGCCAAGAGAGGAUGGGUUUGGAAUCAAAUGUUUGUGUUGGAGGAGUUCUCUGGACCCGAUCCAAUUCUGGUUGGCAGGCUCCAUACGGAUUUGGACGUGGGGACUAAGAACAUCAAGUAUGUGCUGGCAGGGGAAGGGGCGGGCACCAUCUUCGCCAUCAGCGAGAGGACGGGGGACAUUCACGCCAUGAAAAGGCUAGACAGGGAGGAGAAGGCCGAGUACACGCUCACGGCACAGGUCAUCGACAGAGACACCAACCAACCUCUGGAACCACCAUCAGAGUUCAUCAUCAAAGUGCAAGACAUCAAUGACAACCCCCCACAGUUCAUUGAGGGGCCUUACAAAGGUUCAGUGCCAGAGAUGUCCCAAGUGGGUACAUCAGUAACGAGAGUAACUGCAACCGACGCGGACGAUCCAGUGUAUGGAAACAGUGCCAGACUGGUCUACAGCAUUCUGGAAGGCCAACCUUAUUUCUCCAUCGACCAAACCACUGCAAUCAUUAGGGUGGCUCUGGCAGGGAUGGAUCGUGAAAUGAGGGAAGAGUAUCUUGUUGUCAUUCAAGCAAAAGACAUGGGAGGUCACAUGGGUGGGUUGUCAGGAACCACCACUGUGACAGUCACUCUUACUGAUAUCAACGAUAACCCACCAAAGUUCUCAAAGGGCUCUUAUGAGUUCACUAUUGCUGAGGAUCUUGGCAUCGGGGAACCUGGAGGAAGAGUAAAAGCGAAUGACAGAGACAUCGGGGAAAAUGCUAAAUCAACUUACAGCAUCAUAGGUGGAGACGAGAGGGAUGUCUUUGAGAUUGUCACUGAUGCUCAGACACAGGAGGGAAUCCUCAGACUCAAGAAGCCUCUGGACUUUGAGUCCAAAAAAUCCUACAACCUAACAGUGGUGGCGACCAACAUACGUGCCGAUUCGAUUACGGGUGGGCCCUACAUGGACCAGGCCACGGUCAAAAUCAUCGUUGAGGAUGCAGAUGAACCCCCUGUCUUCACAAAGUUUACUUAUCUCUUCGACGUGCAUGAAAACGCUGCAAUCAACACAGUCAUAGGAGCGGUAGCGGCGAGAGACCAGGACGCCCCACACAGCCAAGUCAGGUAUUUUAUUGAUAGACACACAGAUUUAGAGAGGCAGUUUAACAUUAAUGUUGAUGACGGGAAGAUCACAUUAGCCAAACCUCUGGACAGAGAGACGGAUAUGUGGCACAAUAUCACAGUAACAGCCACCGAAGUUCGAAACCACAGCCAGAUUUCCAGAGCCAUAGUGGCAAUCAAAGUGCUGGACAUAAAUGACAACGCCCCUGAGUUCGCCACCGAAUAUGAAGCCUUCCUUUGUGAAAAUGGCAAACCUGGACAGGUGAUUCAAACCAUCAGCGCCGUGGACAAAGACAAUCCUUCCCAGGGACACACUUUCCACUACCGCCUGGAGAUGCUCAACAAUCCCAAUUUCACCAUCAAAAACAAUUUAGAUAACUCGAUCAGCGUUCUUGCCAAGCACGAUUCCUUUCGGCGACAGAAACAGGAGACGUACCUCCUUCCCAUCAUCGUGACUGACAACGGCGAGCCUCCAAUGAGCAGCACGAACACUUUAACUAUCCGGGUGUGCGGCUGCAGCAGGGACGGCAUUGUGCAGUCAUGUAAUGUCGAGGCUUUUGUUCUACCCAUUGGUCUCAGCAUGGGAGCUCUGAUUGCUAUUCUAGCUUGUGUAAUUCUACUUCUCGUUAUCGUGGUCUUGUUUGUGACACUGAGGAGACACAAGAACGAGCCUCUAAUUAUCAAAGACGACGAGGAUGUGAGGGAGAACAUCAUCCGUUACGAUGACGAGGGAGGCGGGGAGGAGGAUACGGAGGCCUUUGACAUCGCCACCCUGCAGAACCCAGAUGGUAUCAGCGGCUAUCUGCCCAGGAAGGACAUCAAGCCUGACCUGCAGUUCAUGCCCAGACAGGGUCAGCACUCGGGUCCGAACGGAGUAGACGUGGAUGAAUUCAUCAACGUACGGCUUCACGAGGCAGACAACGACCCCACGGCUCCACCGUAUGACUCCAUCCAAAUCUAUGGCUACGAGGGCAGGGGCUCCAUCGCGGGCUCUCUGAGUUCCCUCGAAACGGCCUCCUCGGACUCGGACCAGAACUAUGAUUACCUUAGAGAGUGGGGGCCGCGCUUCAGAAGACUGGGCGAGCUCUAUUCAGUGGGAGAGAGCGACAAGGAGACUUGACCUCCAAGCGCAACGGACCUUUUGCUUCCGUCCACAUAACUUGUGUAUUAUGCUACGGGGAUGUUAGACACUGCUGUUUAAAAGGGGGUGGGGGCGCCUUUUUUAAAUCUUCUUAGAGAGACCUAAUAGCAUUAGUCAUCUACCACAUCAGAGUGCAUCGUAAUGUCAGAACUUACCAGUGUCUAUAGUAGGAGGUCAAUGAUUCUUGUGGAGUGUGAGUUUAGAUUACCGUCACUGAGUGUCUAGCAGUAUUUUGGGUAUUUGUUGUUCACUGUGACCACCAGAGGCAUCAGAACAUUGAUUCUUGGUAGUCGCUUGAAAGGACUGAAUGGAAAGAGGACUUUCGGACACUUUGUAGCCCACUGUGGCUUGGCAGGAAAAAAAGGACUGCAGAGGCCUCAAAAUGACACCACUCCACAGCGACAACAGAUCUCUUGCCGUCAUUCAGCCAAUCAGAUAAAGGAACAUUUAAAAAAGAAGGUAAACUAAAUAGCAAUAUAUUGUCUACAUUACUUCUGAAUGUAUGUGUGGUUUAACAAAUGUGAGCGCAAUGAAAAUACGUCACACUGGCUUUAGGAUCUGCCUGCUGAGAUAAUAUUUGACCCUUUGAUACUACAUGGCUAGAUUUCUUGAGUAAACUGGAAAAGCCUUGAGGCGUGCUUUAUACAACCCUUUGUAUCCAUAUGCUUUAAGUGUGGUUCACACUCUAACAUGAUUAGGCUGUGUAAGACUGCGUUGAGGACAACAAGAGAAUUGUGGAAACAAUGAGGCCUUCGUUUUUCAAAAGCAAGCAUUAAAUACAGUCGUAUUCCAAUGUUUUUUGGAACUUUGAUGGUGUUUCUUCAUUGUUGUGUAUGUUUUAUAUAAAUAUA